AUGUCAAACGGGUACUGUCAGACGCAAUGUCAAAAACUGGGGUUCGCCGUUGCCAUAUUGUCUCGAUUUGACUGUUAUUGCAGCAACGACGUGCCUCAGGAUCAAGUGGAUUUGUCCAAUUGCGACACCGCAUGUCCAGGAUAUCCCGAGGAAAAGUGUGGAGAUGAGGAUCAUUUUGGAUAUGUGGUUUUUGGUGAACCUAGUGCCACUGUGGGUGGUACAUCGAGUGCAACUAAAACUGAAACUGGCACAGAAACUGAAACAACAAGUAGCUCUUCAUCGAGCAGCAAGUUUAGUUCGACAACAACUACUUCAUCUAGCUCAACCUCAAGCAGUUCUAUUCAAACUAGCUCGUCUUCAUCAACCCAAUCUAGUCCAACUACCUCCUCCUCCUCCAGCUCGUCCUCCCUUGCUACAUCACAGCAAACAACAAUGGUUACCCGUACAACUCAAGUCACAGAAGUCCACCUGUCAAACGAUGUAGUCAGGGUGACUGAAUACUACACCGUGACCCCAUCACCAUCAACAACCCUGAGCUCAAGCACAAGCACGUCAUCAUCAUCAUCUUCUUCUUCUUCACCACAUGUGGUUUCAUCCACCGUUGUCCUAGUAUCAACCCAAGUUGAAGCGUCAACCGUGUUUUCCGUGGUUACAGUCAACGGCACACAAUCUCAUCAGCAAGUGAGCACAAUGUAUGUCACCCAAACGGCAAAUUCAACAUCGGUUCAAUCUAGCAACGUUGAAGAAACCACAACUGUCACCACAGACGACCUGUCUGUAUCUCCAUCAACAAACACAGAUUCUCUUGGCGCAGCAGGUGCAGCCGCCACCGCUUCAUUAGCAUCACCAAAUGAAGCUGACCCUUCAUCAUCCACAGCCUCACCCACUGCACCCGACACUACAUCUUCGUCAUCAUCUGCAGCCGCCGCCACCAAUAAUGAAAACAAGAACGCAUUCUUUUCAGACGCUGGUAAAGUUGCAGGAACAUUCACAGCAGUGGGCGUCGUUGUCCUCGGCAUAGUCUCCGCAAUACUCUACUGUUGUUGUUGCUGCUCCCGCAGACGCUCCGGCGCAGCAGGAGGUGCAGGAGGCGACCGCGACACAUCAGACGAAGAGAAUCGAUACUCACUGGACUUUGAUGACUACGAUGACGCAGAAGCCCAUGAAAAAGUUGUCGCUUACAACAAGUCCCACCACAAUCAACAUCAUCACCAUCAUGGACACAAUAACAGCUAUCCUAUCCCUCCCCCACCUCCAGAAUACCGUCAUAGCAAACAAUCAUCAUUCUCAUCAUUGAAGCGAGAUAACUCCACAAAGACUCUAUUUUCUCUAUUUAUGGGCGGUAAUGCUGCCGGCUCGAACCAGGCUGAAAAGGACAAAGCCAACGCUAAUAGCAACUACUACUACAAUAACGAUUACGGAUCGAGUGGCGGCUCAGGCAUAAACCGGAACUUGUCCAGGAAGAAGUUGUUGCGAGGUUUUGGCGGAGGAGGCAAUGGUAACGGUGGUGCUGAAGGAGAGUCAUCGGAUGAGAAUGGGGAUAUCAUUAUGUUUCCAAUCCAUGAACAUUAUAAUCACCAACCUAUGUUUAGUCAAUCGCUAGAUGACGUGAAUGAUCAUAAUGGUGGUGCUACUUUGAAGAUUGCGAAUCCAGAUUAA